CCCACACCACCACCACCACCACCACCACCAUCUUUCUCGCAACACCUCCACCACCACCUGUGUCGUAUUCCGCUGCCUUUCACCCAACGCCAUGGAGUUCUACACGCCAGUCGCCCAGAUUCCCGCUAUCGUCAACGGCGUCCGUGCAACUUUUGCUUCCGGCCGCACACGCUCCAGGGAAUGGCGCAUGAAGCAGCUCCGCGGCUGCUACAAGCUGAUCGAAGAGAACGAAGCCGAAAUCUUGGACAAUCUUGCUUUGGAUUUGAAGAAGCGAAACAGAAACGAGGCCACUUUCUCUGAACUCAUGGUCAGCCGCAAUGCAGCUGCGAUCGCCAUCCGCAAUCUUGAUGAGUGGAUGAAGCCUCGCUCCGGAAACCCGGGCAACCCUUUCAUUUUCUCGACUGCGACAACCAAGGUCGUGCCUGAGCCCCUCGGUGUUGUCCUGGUGAUCUCCCCCUGGAACUUCCCCUGGAAUCUGUCCAUGUCUCCUAUCGUCUCGGCUCUAGCGGCCGGCAACGCGAUCAUCCUCAAGCCCUCCGAAAUCAGCUCGCACUGCGCUCGUCUGAUGGCGCGCCUGCUGCCUCAGUACCUCGAUCCGGAGGCUGUUGCCGUCAUCAACGGAGGCGUCGAGGAGACUACAAAGCUGCUCGAGCAAAAGUUUGAUCAUAUUAUAUACACUGGCAACGGUCACGUCGGCAAAAUCGUUAUGGCAGCAGCGUCCAAGCACCUCACUCCUGUUACGCUCGAGCUCGGUGGCAAGUCUCCUGCGAUUGUCACCAGCGAAGCAGAUGUUGAGAUUGCCGCCAAUCGUAUCAUUUGGGGCAAAACCACCAACUGUGGCCAGGUCUGCGUCGCUCCAGACUACAUUCUGGUCGAGCGACCUGUUGCCGCCCGCUUCAAGGAAUGCCUCGUCAAGGCGAUCAAGAAUCUGCACACCUCGGACCCCAAGAGCAGCGGCUCGUUCGGUCGCAUCAUCAACAGGCGCCAGUACGAUCGUCUCACCUCCGUGCUGGCACAGCAGCUCCAAAAGAAUCCGGAUUCACGAUUGCUUCAUGGAGGCGAGCAGGAUCCCGAUGACCUUUAUAUUGGCCCAACCCUGAUUGAAAAUGUCGGACUUGACCCCGCCUCCAACCCCAUCAUGGCCGAUGAAAUCUUCGGCCCUCUGUUGCCAAUCAUCGAGAUCGACGACUGGAACGACGCCGUCAAGUACAUCAACUCCAGGGAUAAACCGCUGGCGCUGUACGUCUUUACGCCAAAUGUCAAACAGGCCGAGUCCAUCUUGGCCCAGACCUCGUCAGGCAUCUUCAUGCACAACGAAGUGCUUCUGAACUUCCUUGCCGAGAACUUGCCUUUUGGUGGCGUCGGCGCAUCUGGAUUCGGUCGCUAUGGCGGCAUCUAUGGCUUUGAGAACUUCAGCCACAUGCGUGCGUGCGUACGACAACCGAUGGCGCUCGAGCACGUUUGGCAGUUCCGAUAUGCUGCCUUUAUGAAAGAUAGCCCCUCCACGUCCAAGGUUAUGCACCGCAUCGGCAGUCUCAGCGUGCCUGGCUUUGGGGCUCGCCUUGCUCAGCUACUUCGCCGCUAUGUCAACUGGAAGACCACCGUGGCUGCUGGGCUCAUUGUUGCGGCCUGGCUCCUUGGUCGCUACACUCGCCCUUGAACUGGGACUUCCCGAGACCCACAACCGCACAUGAACAAGACAGACGCGUACCAACAGGAAUGCCAUCUGUUCUUGCCGUGUCCCUGUGCUUUGGUGAACUUUGGCUUGAUCCAACCCUCCAUCCUACACUGUUCUUUAGCGCCACUCGUCCUCAUCGAUCCUCUCGCUCGCGCUGCCAUCUCCUUUCGGCUGCUGGCCCGCUCGCUUGAGCAUGUGAAUAGCCAAAUCCUCUACUUUCUUCCCAAUCCGUUUCUGACCGAUCUCAUAACGCAUGUGCGGAGUAUAACAACAGAGAUCGCACCUGCAUUAUUCAUCCCAGCGCGCUUUCUGGGAGAUCAAGAGAAUGACGGCGACGAUGAUGCUGGCAGACCGACAAGUUACUCUUGUUGCUACAGUCAUCGCAACACGGUGUGCAAUGA